AUGGUAACCGAAUGUGCCUACGGACAACUAAAAGGACGUUGGCAAAUACUUAUGCGCAAGUGUGAGAGCUUACCAGAUGAAGUUAAGAUGCUUACAUUGGCAUGCAUGAUGUUGCACAACAUCUGUAUCUCUAAAGGAGAUCUAUUGCCCAGGACCCUGGAUAUUACAAUUGACCCAAACACCAACCAGAGAAGAGAAAGUUCAGAGAUUCGAGACAUUCUUCACAUGAUGAAUCCCAGCAGACCAAGAGACUAUGAAAAAAAAGCUACCAAUAUUCGGGACCUGUUAGCAAAUAAGUUUUGGCUGGAAAAACAAGCAAUUAAUGAAGAAGACACAUAA